GCCGCGCCAGCUGGACCUGGCCGCGGGUCUGGGUCUACGAUGCCCACCCUGCACAUCGAAGAUUUGCCCGAGAAGGAGAAACUGAAGAUGGAAGUUGAGCAACUUCGCAAAGAAGUGAAGUUGCAGAGACAGCAGGUGUCUAAAUGUUCUGAGGAAAUAAAGAACUAUAUUGAAGAACGUUCUGGAGAGGAUCCUCUGGUGAAAGGAAUCCCAGAAGACAAGAAUCCAUUUAAAGAAAAAGGCAGCCGCAUUAUUAAAUAAAUAACUCUGGGGAGAAACUUCAUCCUCAGUGGAAGAAUUAGUUUAUUUUAGCUUUCCCAAAUAAAACCAAAGUGCCUUUUUAAGGAAGUAAAAAUGAAAUAUAAAGGAGACUUUCUUAAGCACUCUGUAUUAAUAGAUAAAGUUAGGUAUGAAAGCAUAGGUAAUUGUCAACCUUGCUCACUGCACACCUUUUUUGAAAGUACAGCAAUUGUCAGCUGUACAAUUUUGAAAAUAAGAACAUGACAUGCAUGACUCACUUCUUUUAGUAUAUUGCUUGAUGCCUCAAAUAAAGUUUUAUC